AUGGUCGAGCCUAUUUUAUCCCAAGGCUAUGGUUACGGUUUCGCACUGGGCGUAGGAUCUGGGUUUGCCAUUUUGAUGGUCACUAUUUCAAAGCUGCUGUCGAAAUUCAUGGGUCAGGUCCAAAAUUCCGAAAGGUUUUCGACGGCUUCCAGAAAUGUUAGUUCUGGGCUAAUUGCUUCAUCUACAGUUUCCGCAUGGACAUGGCCUGCAACUCUGCUGCUGUCGGGGACUUGGUCCUACGUCUAUGGUGUAAGCGGAGCGUGGCUUUACGCAGUAGGAGGCACUGUUCAAAUCACACUGUUUGCAUUUUUGGCGCUGCAGAUCAAACGUCAGGCACCAACAGCUCACACCGUUUCCGAGACCAUUUACAUUAGGUUUGGGAAAGCCGGUCAUCUGGUAUAUUUGUGCUACUGCGCGGCAACGAACGUGAUGGUUUCUUCGCUGCUUCUGCUGGGUGGCUCACAAGCAUUUGCUGCAGCCACUGGUAUGCAUACCGUAGCGGCCAGUUUUCUUAUCCCAGUCACUGUAGUCGUUUACACGGCUCUUGGAGGUUUGAAAGCAACAUUCAUUUCAGAUUGGGUACACACGGUUAUCAUCUACGUGAUUCUGAUCGUGACUGCUUACACAGUUUACUGCAGUUCCAAUUUGAUCGGUUCUCCUGGUAAAAUGUGGGAUCUUUUGAAGGCAGCGCAAGAGGUGUUCCCCAGUGCAUCAGGGACCAGCUACCUCUCUUUCAAGGACAAAGACAUGAUUUUGUUGACCUGGUCCGUGAUGUUGGGCGGCCUAUCAUCAGUUUUUGGUGAUCCAGGUUACUCGCAAAGAGCUAUAGCUUCCAGCUCCAAAAGUGUUUUCUGGGGAUAUAUGAUGGGUGCUAUUUGCUGGAUGAUUAUUCCCUUUGCUUUGGGAUCCUCUGCAGGGCUAGCUUGUCGUGCUUUAAUAACCAAUCCAGCCUCUGUAACCUAUCCUAACCCAUUGUCGGCUGAAGAGGUGGGUGCAAGUCUACCAUUCAUCUACGGUCUUGCCGCUAUUUUCGGGAAAAGUGGAGCUGCAGCUGGGCUUGUUAUGCUGGAGAUGUCAGUGACCUCUGCCACUUCUGCAGAGCUCAUAGCCUUCUCCUCGAUUACAACUUACGACAUGUACAGAACUUACGUGAAUCCAAAGGCAACAGGGAAACAGCUAAUACGCAGUUCACAUAUCAGUGUGAUCUUUUUCGGACUGUUCAUGGCAGUAUUAGCCGUUGUAUUCAAUUACUGUCACGUCACCGUUGGAUGGCUACUAAGUUUCGUUGGUAUUGUUUUGAAUCCCGAAGUGCCAGCUGUUACAUUGUCGCUUUUCUGGCCCAAAAUGACUAGGCUGUCGCUUGUCAUCGGAGUGCCAAUGGGUACUGUCACCGGUAUAGUUUGUUGGAUAGGCGCCACUUACCACUAUGCUGGGGGAAUUGUCGACAGAAAUACUCUGAUGACUACAGAGGCCACCUUUAUCGGUAACAUUGUGAGUCUGUUUUCUUCGUUGAUCUACAUUGUGGCCAUAUCGUUGAUCAGGCCUGGCAAUAAAUUCGACUUGAACACAUUCAAGUGGGAACUAAACGCAGCCGACGACAUCGAUUCUGAGGAGCAAGAGGCCCUGGAGCUAACGGCAAAGGAUGAUAAGCUGUUGCACGCUCAAACGUGGCUCAGUCUUUUCAUCAAUGUGUUUUUAUUCUUGGGCGUGUAUGUUGUACUAACAUGUGCUCUCUACGGCUGGGGAGGAGACCUAAGCAAAGGGUCGUUUACGGCGUUCAUGGUUGUAAUGCUGAUUUGGCUAUUGCUGGCAGCACUAUACAUCAUUCUGACGCCGCUGUGGCAAGGAAGACAUGCAAUCAAAACGGUCGUGCUUGGAAUGCUUGACCGGGUGCCGUCACGAAUUGAUGACAGCAGUGUUCAACAAUUAAAUAGCUCCGAUGAACACAACUCAAAAAAAUCGGCGCGUUUGAGUGAGAAAGUGACAACGGUGAGCGGUGAGACGGACAGAUCGUAG